UCUUCAGUGUUGUAAUUGCUGUUAAACUAAAUCUGCUGUUUUUGUAGCUACCUCUAUCAGGUUUUGAAGAAAACAAAGAUGCUGGAAAUGAUCGCCUUCAUAGACCCUGAUCACACUGGUGCACUUGCGUGUGGAAAUCCAACAGAACGAGCUCGUUCUCUAGCUGUUCGGUAUGGAAAUGGGAAGCCUGGCCAGGUUUUUCUAGUUCCCUAUAACUCAGGUUGUCAUUGGAUGUUGACGGUUGUGAACCCCGGUGAAGAAGUGGUGCACUUCAUGGAUCCAUUAAAGAGGCGACUCAUCACCGGUGAAUGGAAAACUAUUGUGGACGAUUCCAUCAGAAUAUACAAUGCACAGAAAAAUAGGAAAGGCAGAAAAAUAGUUCAAUGGAAAAAUUGUGCGGGCAUUCCGGAGCAAUUGGGCGAUAAAACUUGUGGACUGUGGAUUAUGCAUUACAUGAAAGACAUAGCGGAGGACAAAAAUCAACAUUGGAGUGCUAAGGCUCCCCCGGCGAAGCUUCAUGAUCCUCGACCGGGCGAACUCGAGGAGAUUAUCAUCGCUACUGAAAGGAAGGAAGGAACUGUAAGAGUGUUACGCGUCAUGCCAAACCAACAGCCAAUCUGCCCGUGGAGAUUUCUGAAUUCGGGUGAUGCCGAGUGCCUAGGUCAUAUGCAUCUAUGA